AUGGCUGCUGCUUUUUCUACUUCUCCCUUGAGAAUGUUCUUUUUGGCUUCAUUGAUGUGCUUUUUUUCUAUGGCGAAUGCAAAAAUCCCUGGAGUUUACACUGGUGGACCUUGGGAGUCUGCCCAUGCUACUUUCUAUGGUGGCAGUGAUGCUUCUGGAACGAUGGGCGGUGCAUGUGGAUAUGGGAAUCUGUACAGCCAAGGCUAUGGCGUGAACACAGCAGCAUUAAGCACUGCGCUGUUCAACAAUGGGCUCAGCUGCGGUGCUUGCUUCGAGAUUAAGUGCACGGACGACCCGAGAUGGUGUAAACCAGGAAACCCUUCCAUUUUCAUCACUGCCACUAACUUUUGCCCUCCUAAUUUCGCUCUCCCCAAUGAUAAUGGCGGCUGGUGCAAUCCUCCUCGCCCUCACUUCGACCUUGCCAUGCCUAUGUUCCUCCAGAUCGCCGAGUACCGUGCCGGUAUUGUACCCGUUUCCUUCCGAAGAGUGGCCUGCCAGAAGCAAGGCGGAAUCAGAUUCACGAUCAACGGGUUCCGUUACUUCAACUUGGUUUUAGUGACCAACGUCGCGGGUGCAGGGGAUAUCGUGAAGUUGAGCAUCAAGGGAACCAACACCGAUUGGUUGAGCAUGAGUCGUAACUGGGGUCAGAACUGGCAGUCAAACUCCAUUUUGGUAGGACAGAAGCUCUCGUUUAGGGUCACCGGCAGUGACGGACGGACCUCCACCUCCUGGAACCUGGUACCCGCUAAUUGGCAGUUCGGACAGACCUUCACCGGAAAGAAUUUCCGCGUUUGAAACACACAACACUGUUCGUCUCCCCCUAUUUAAACAUAUAUGAGUAUAGUUCCCUUUUGUUUCUGGCCCUUCAAUUUUCCUUAAUUUUCUCGGGAAAAUUUGAAGUGGUGGGUAAAAGUAAAAAUGUGCUUUUGGGUGGAAUUUACUUGCCUAAAAGAAAGAAUAGAUAGGAAAGUCACCAAGUGAAGUUGUGUGGGUAAUUUUCUUUUCUGGAAUUAAUCUUUGCUUAAGUGUUUUUGUUUUCGGUGUGGAUUGUAAUAGUUAAAAAAGGUCCAGUUGAUGGUAAAAAAGUUGUAAGCUGAAGCGGCUGCAAAUUAAAGAAAACAUGUAGCCCUCAGCUCAUGGUCAUAUAGUAAUUCAAUUUUUACUGCUAUAAAAUGGUCUUUGUUUUAGUCCUUGGA